AAGUUAAGAAGGCGACGAAACACUGGCAACGGGCCCCCUAGUCAUCUUACUUUGUACCCCUCAUUUGUCAGCUGAAAAUUGCCUUUUUUGUACCGAAAACGUACAAAAGUACGGCUCUGUUAGCAAUAAAGUAUCAAAGUAGCGAUCCGCAGAUUCUAUAACAACAAAAUGUCGUCAGCAGGUCUGAUUCCGCCUCCCAUUUCAUGGGCCCAGCGCAAUGAAUUGAUUUAUGUCAUUAUUGAUGUAGAGUGCAAGGACAUUGAACACAAAGUGACGGAAAAGAGCUUCACCUUCAAGGGCGUGAACGUGCUAGAUGCGUCAAAGAAGUACGAGGUCACACUUAACUUCCUCCACGAGGUGGACCCCGAGAAGGUUACAAGCAAGAACAUUGGCCGCUGCUUAGAGUUCACAAUAUAUAAGAAGGAGGCAGGACCCUAUUGGCCCUCUUUGACCGCGGAUAAGACCAAGUUGCACUUCCUGAAAGCCAACUUUGCAAAGUGGCGUGAUGAGUCCGACGACGAAGAGGAUCCUAAAGACAACGGAAUGUUCAACAACUUCAUGGGCAGCUCUGGAGGCGACUGGAACAAUAAGUUCGAUGACUUCAACGUCGACGACGAGGAGGAGGAUUCCGACGACAACAUCCCAAGCCUGUCGCAAAAUGAUGAGGAUGAGGAGGAGGGUGCCGAGGGCGAUAAGGAGAAGAAGCCGGCUGCCUAGGCAGUUGUAUUGAUGGUGUCUAGCAUUUUGGCGUAGUCGUAGCGUUAGCCGAGGCGCUUAUACCGUUAAGUCAACACGAACACAAGCCCACUCCUCCACAAUCUCUCAUUUACACUCGUAAAACAUUAAAAAACAUCCACAUACGCAUGAGUGCAUUACUACAUACCACAAUUCCAAACAAAACACAUUUAACUUUAGCUGAAUAUUCGUAUUCGGAGGAGCGAUGUUAACAAGAAGCAACAUAAGGAACAAGAAGAUUUGGCGCCGACAAGGGAAACCCAUAAGUUUUACGCUAGAAUUUAACCAGAGGAAAAGCUACAACCAAUUUAUUGCAAAGUGGUUUGCAAUUUAUUAUUUUUGUUUCCUGUAAAUAAAGGAAAUUACAAUAAAACAUGGAAAACUAAA